AUGCUAUUGCAGGAGCCAAGCUUUGAUAGCCGGAGUCUCAAAAUCUUCGUGAACUGCCUGGCCGACUACAACUGUGGGCAGAAGCCGCUGGGAUUGGUGGUGCCGGUCAUUACCCAUACUUCGCCGGUGAUAUGGGAUCCAAAGCCAACUGUAAUACCGCUCAAGCAUAUGAAUCUUGGUGCGUUCAGUUUCAACCAGUCGUUGGAGUUCUUUGCAGGCAUCGAUGUUACGGACCUGGACUCCCGGCGCGCGAUUAGCGCCUGUGGUGGUCACGCAGCAUUGCUGGUGGAGAUGCGUGAAUUCAUGGAACGGCAGAGUGGUGGACUUGGCCCACUGUUGACAUGCAAUCGAAUUGACCUUCACCGGCAAGCCGUCAAAGCAAUGGGCAUGUCCAAGGAAGACAGCAUAUCAUUGCUCAAGGUCAUCCUCUUGCAAGAAGUUGUCCUCGAAGGCAGAAUUCUAAGCUGUGCUCGGAGGGGUGUAAUCCUCCUUGAGAGGGAUGACGAUGGGUGUCGCGUUUCAGUCCCAUACCCAUGCUUGUUGAGCCUGCUGCGGUUGCUGGAUCGACCAGAUCGUUUCGAGCACCUGGCUCUCUGUGCCAUUCGGAUUGCCAUCGAAAUGGAAGACUUCCCCUACGAUUCGCCAUGUGAUCCUGACAGUGUAGCGACCAAAUUCAAAAGAGAGAAGAAGUCUCGCGUCUGCCUUGCACAGAAACAGAACCAGGCAGGUGUGGACGCAAUCGGGGUCGAUGGUGACGCGAUGAUUUUAUUGCAAUGUAAAUACCCAGAAACCGAUUCCUCAGUGCAAGAAUGGAAGGAGAUUGAGCAGUUCAUGAACUUCACAAAACAAACGGGUAUGAAGUGGGCCAAGGCAGCAGGGUGCAAACAAAUCCGUGCCAUCUUUGCCACUGGGAGGGUACCGCGAGAUUACAAGUCCAGCCAGCCAACUGAGCUUGAGGUGGACGGUGUGCAUAUCUCUUUCACAGUCUAUGCGAAGACCGCAAACCAAGGAAGCUCAAUCCCGACAAUGCCGAUCAGCACUUGGAUUCCUGCCAGCAUCAUGUGCUUCUGA